CCGCGUAUCCGCAGAUGACAGCGUCAACACGAGCAUUGCUUGCCCUAUCUACGUUUUACUACCUCGAUCGAGAGACGAGAGGUAGAAAAUGACAGAGAUGCCCGCGGCAGUUGCAGAGCAUGCACGCUCCCACGCGGCCAGCGUGCGACGAAUUCUUUGGUUCCGCAGGCCUGGAGCCUUGUGUGGGCUACUCUUGCUCCAUCACCUACGGAUGUAGGAAUACCAACCAUGCCACUGCCAGAUCUCCUCUCCUCUCCACUGAGGACUCUGACCAGUGGGACUAGGAUAUUCCUUCUUCUUCACCCACGACUCCGCCUUCCUAGUUCUUGGGCGGCCGGUGAGGACGAACACGGACUCGCGCUCUCGCUCGCGCCAUCGGAGGAAAGGAGAUCCACUCGGAGCAUGCGGGCCGCCGCGCGGUAGAUGGUGAGCGCUCUUGGUUUUCCCCCCCUUCUGAUUCUGCUCUGCAGAUAUGGGGUCAUUCAUUGGGGUUCCCCGCUGGCCCGCUCCGUCAUGCCACUUCUCACGCUUGGAGGACUGCCUUCCUUCCUCGAUGGCGUGACGGCUCAGGGCUACAGAUCACUGCUCCCUCUCCACCUACGGCGCUAAGCCCAAACCCCGAUCGACCCGCUUCGUCAAAACCCACGCCGUUUUCCCCUCAUCGAUCUCCUCGCUGGGACCCAAUUCCACUUCCAACCGGCCGUCUCCUACCAGUACCGCCUGCGCCUCCCUGGACCCGUUCCGUCUGAUUCCCCACCGCUGCUUCGUCGUCAACAUACUUCUCAGCCAAUAGGUGCACAUCUUCCUACUUCGAUGCGAAUCCUACUCUGGAUUCAAGUCAGGUCCAGUUUGAAAGUGACAAGAAGCUGCUCUAGUUCCACGCAUCUUCGCCGCCCCAUCAUUGCCACCCGCAAGCGGCAAGCCCAACGGUUUCCAACCCAACCGGAGUGAUCAAUCCUUCUACUCUACUCUACUCAGUGGAGUAGUAUAAAACUGAGGAACACGGCAAUAACACGAGCAAAUUCAGCUUGUCUUCCAAUGGGGGAUCGUGUUGGUGUCAAGUACAACAGCAUCAAUGAGGCUGAAGAGCAUAAGGGAGGGCAUGGCAUCCCCAAGGUUUCCAUGAUACCCCUCAUAUUCCUCAUAUUUUAUGAAGUUUCAGGGGGUCCCUUUGGGAUUGAGGAUAGUGUCAAGGCUGCUGGGCCACUACUGGCAAUUUUGGGCUUUCUUCUGUUUGCACUCAUAUGGAGCGUUCCAGAAGCUCUAAUCACUGCUGAGAUGGGCACUAUGUUCCCCGAGAAUGGUGGUUAUGUUGUCUGGGUUUCUUCAGCUCUUGGUCCGUUCUGGGGUUUUCAGCAAGGUUGGGCAAAGUGGCUCAGCGGUGUCAUAGAUAAUGCCCUCUAUCCAGUCCUAUUUCUGGACUAUGUCAAGUCCAGUGUUCCAGCUCUUGGAGGUGGGCUCCCAAGGACCUUAGCGGUGCUUAUCCUCACAGUUGCGCUUACAUACAUGAACUACAGAGGGCUGACUAUAGUUGGCUGGGUGGCAGUCUUUCUUGGGGUGUUCUCUCUUCUCCCGUUCUUUGUGAUGGGAUUGAUAGCUAUUCCACAGAUUGAACCUUCUAGGUGGCUUGAAAUGGACUUGGGGAGUGUGGAUUGGGGAUUGUAUCUGAAUACACUAUUUUGGAACCUCAACUAUUGGGAUUCAAUCAGCACAUUGGCUGGUGAAGUCGAGAAUCCAAAGAGAACCCUACCAAGAGCGCUUUCUUAUGCUCUAGUUCUAGUGGUGGGAGGAUACCUCUACCCAUUAAUCACUUGCACAGCAGCAGUUCCAAUCGUUAGGGAGCACUGGUCAGAUGGGUAUUUUUCAGACAUCGCAAGAAUUCUCGGUGGCAUUUGGUUGCACUCAUGGAUUCAAGCAGCAGCUGCUUUAUCCAACAUGGGCAAUUUUCUCACUGAAAUGAGCAGCGAUUCUUACCAGCUUCUUGGGAUGGCUGAGCGAGGCAUGCUCCCUGACUUUUUUGCCAAGAGAUCUCACUAUGGAACCCCGCUUAUUGGCAUCCUGUUCUCUGCCUUCGGUGUGAUCCUACUGUCCUGGAUGAGCUUCCAGGAGAUCAUCGCUGCCGAGAACUACCUCUACUGCUUCGGCAUGAUCCUGGAGUUCAUUGCCUUCAUCAAGCUGCGGGUGUACCAUCCGAACGCCUCUCGGCCCUACAAGAUCCCUUUGGGCACCAUUGGUGCUAUCCUUAUGAUCAUCCCACCUGGUCUCUUGAUCAUUGUGGUGAUGGCACUCGCGUCCUACAAGGUGAUGGUGGUGAGCAUCCUAGCGAUGGUCUUCGGAUUCGUGCUGCAGCCGUGUUUGGUGUACGUGGAGAAGAAGCGGUGGUUAAGGUUCUCCAUCAGUGCAGACCUGCCCGAUUUGCCUGAUGUGCAGGAAAUUGCUGAAGAUGAUGCUGUCCCACUCGUGGUCUAAUAUUCGGCCAUUGUGCUCUGGAGGUGUUGUUCCCAAUCGAGACAUCCUAGGAUGGAAUGUGACACACUGGGAUUCACGACCUUGUAUCUCCUGAAUGAGUUCCAAAGCCAGAGGUCUUAGACAUCUUGUAUAAGGACACAUUAUGUUUUCACCGUGCUAUUGAACAUCAUGAUGGCAUCAUGCAUCAAACAGAAAUGUAAGCCCCAGACAGUGUUCAUCAAAGGAGAUCCUCCAGAUUAUCAAAUACAUGUUGCAUCUGCUGUCAGCUGUCGCUUAACUUGUCUAUAUACUAGGGUCGAUCCAUGACAUGACAUGAGGUUACUCAUCUGGGAUCGCCUUAAAAUGGGUGAACGUUAACUCUUGAUAAGAGGCAGUAGAGGUUCUCGACCUGCAGAUUGUAACCUGGUUUCCAUUGCAUAAACUGUUAUCAGUAAUUCCAUCUUUUGCGUACAGUUUUGUGUUAUAAA